CUUCGUUGGAACUACUAAUUCGCAACCCACCUGGUGGAUUGGGCGACUUACCAGAGUUCUGAUAGAUGUGGUUGAGAAUCUAUCUAAUAUGUCAUUGUAUCGUCCAUGAUGUAUUCCGGGCGCUCGUGCCCCAACCUCAUCAACGUAUACCAAUUUCCGAAACCAAUAUCCUAUACCUGUUAUUCCCCUUUCUGCCACUAAUUUACAUGGGAUACCUUGCAAGACGGCCCGAUACGUUUACCUUGCGACUUCUACUCCUCCCCUUGGUGGUCGCAGUUGCCGUCGGGACCUACUUUCGUUUCAUGUGGACAGAGCCACAUCACAACAUCUACAACUGGGGUCAAGCUCUACUCGCAGAAGCCAUAAGCGCCAAGGCAAUAGAUUUUGCAUGGAGAAAAGAGGGUAUGCUCAAGAUAGACGAGGUUCGGCCAGGUGUCGCAAGAAAGUCGGACGCUGUGAAAGCUAAUGGUGAUGCGCAUGCAAAACCAGUCACGUCAGAUCCAGCUGUCCCAGCGCUUUCUUGGCUAUAUGAUGCUUUAGACGUCAUUAUAUCCAACCGGGGUUUGGGUUGGAAAUUUGGUGUCGGGAUUCAUGUACCUCGUCAGGAGAGGUCUCUCCGACGGAAAUCAUUCCUGUUUGCGACGUUCAUAUCAUUGGUCGGAAACUACCUGAUCUUCGACCUCCUCGAGUCGUUCAUCAAGCUAGUACCUGAUGUUGGUACUCCCCACGGCGGCACCAUUUUCAGAGCGGAGCUACCCUUCCUCUUUAGAUAUGCGCUUUCUACAGCCAUUCAUGCUGCAACUGGGUCUUGCAUUUUGGCAGCCUUCAAACUCGUUUACGAUCUCAUCACGAUAUUUGCUGUUUUGCUCUUGGGAAGCUCUCCGUCUGCAUGGCCUCCCGUGAUGGACCAUCCUUGGCAGUCUGACUCGCUUCAUAUAUUUUGGUCCAAACGUUGGCACCAAAUCCUUCGAGAAACCUUUUUUAUCUUUGGAGGAUUUUUUGGUGGCAUCGUCGCAGGAAGGAUCGGCAUGCUAUUCGGGACAUUCAUCGGGUCCGGAUUAUACCACGAAUUCGCUGCAUAUGCACUUGGAAGAGGUUUUGAUACCUUCGUUCCGCUCUUUUUUGCGCUGCAAGCUCCUCUGCUGCUUUGUGAAAAGGCCUGGUACAAAUACACAGGAUACCGUGUCGGUGGAUUGUAUGGGAGGUUGUGGGUCUAUUUUUGCAUGCUCAUACUCGGACAACCCUUGUCGGACUCUUGGCAUAGGAGAGGUCUCGGUGGUGGGCUCAUGAUUCCUCUUUCAUUAAGUCCUGUUCGCCAGUUUAUUAUACCAUCAAUUCGUCGUUCCCUUAAUGGUAGGGAUACAGAUAUCCUAGAAUUUAUAGUUGGGACCACGUAGUCGAUACUGCAUUUUAUCAUCACAAGCUGUGAUAGUUACUGGUUGGUAUUGGGAGCACACACGACGAUUAAUAUGAUCACAUUGAGUUACCGCAAUGG